ACCGUAUCUGCAGAUUUUAAUCAAAACUAAUUUAGAUUAAUGAGCAAAUCGUGAAUAUUGCUGCCACACGCGACCUCCUUGGGAGCAGAAAUAGAAUUUCGAAUAUUUAAAAUGGCAACAGGUUAUGGCUGGCGUACUGCCAGAAAGUUUCGCGUAUCCCGCUCGCCUUUUAUUAUAUGUUAGUAUCACAAAAACUGUUAUUUCUGAUACAUAUCUCUUGUGUACUUUCGUAUUUGGCUGUGCAUUUAAAAUGACCUACCUCAGAGACCCCUACAGAAUACAGUGGACAGAAUACAGGAUAGUCGCCACACCUCCACUAUGGAGGCAUAGAGUGUACAAACCCUUAAGUCUGUAUUACGAUUAUUACUAUCCAAUUAGGUCAAUAUUCUCUGCAUCUUCAUAUUGGCCCAGGUAUCUGCCAAUCACGUCAUUCCGAAAUCAAAUUAACGAAGGGCAAGGAUGGAGAUUACAGAAAAUAUUCGACGACGAAACGAGGUUAAUCCGUGCGCAGACGGCGUCUCUCCUAAGACGGAUUCAUGACCCGGUACCGCGAGUGAAGUACACCUGGCCUUGCCCGUGCCCCGCUAAAUAUGUAGACAACGGUUUACCGGCGCGGUUAACAAAUGACUACUACAUUAACAAAAUGCUAACGUCGUCGUCGAUAAAUCCGAACGUGUCGUACACCACGUACUACACGGAACCCAUUAGGAGAUAUAUCGGUUCGGGUCACCUCUCCUGUACCGCCUACUCUGGGGGCAUGCCCUACAGCCGUAGGUCGCAUCUCUUCCUCUAUGAGGAUCCGAUGCGCAACGACAUCCAACUGCUCAGCUUUUACAUCAACAAGUUCAAGCAGGAGAAGGCGAUGAGAGGAGAAGCACCAGCUAUUGAGUCAUCAAAAGUGAAAAAAUCAGAACAGCGCUCAGCGAAAGUCGAAAAACACGAGAGUAUUGACAAAUCCGAAACUACUGACGAGAAGCCAGUAAUCACUGAAGUUUCCGAAUAAACCUGUACUAAUAUCACCCCAUUUCGCCUUAUCUGCUUAUUAUCAUCAUUUCCUUCACCACUUUAUCAAUACAGGCAAUUUACACUUAACAAGAUACACAAUCUUAUCAAGCAUAACUUUACAAUUGAGUAAGUUGUCCUAAUAAUUAACGAACAAUGAAAUCAAAUUUCUUAAGGGUUUUUCAUAUUUUCUAGACCAUAAAAAUAAAAUAUUUGAUUGUAACCAUUUUCGAGUAGGCUUUGCAUGUAACUCAACAUUGACUUUACCUAUACAUACAACCAUGCAAGCAUUCCUAAACUCCAUUUUCCAUAAACGAGGUAUACCUGGUAUGUGAUGCCACAUCCGAUUCAUGUAUUUAUUUUGAAUAUAUUUUUUUUGAAUUCUUUAUCCACGCUAUCGACGCUAUCGUGACAUGAGUGAUUGUACAAAUACAUAAUUCACUGUGUUCAAUAAAAUUUUAUUUUGUUAAUCAA